AUGGUGACGAAUGCAGCUGUUGCUCCGUUUGAUGGUUAUCAUCACGAUAGCCAAGCGGAAGGUGCACGGCCGGGCUUUUGCUCCGUGUUUCUGAGCUGCCCGCCCAAUGUCACACUGCGCUGCUGGCUUUGGGCUGGGCGGCUUCGCAAGGAGGCGCGGCAGGAGCCAGCUGAGCAGCCAGAGCUGCUCGGGCGCGUGAACUUCGCACGCUUCGAGAAUGUCAUCGAUCCCGUUGAUGAGUCUGUGGAGCUCGUGCUGGAGAUCGAAGAGGCGCAACUGGCAUCCAAGACAACCAUGAGCAGCCAACCGAUGCCGAUUGAAGAUGGGGCAUCGCGCAUGGACGCAAGUGAGUUCAGCAAGCAAGGACCUGCCACUCAGUCCAUGUCGGAACCAUCCAAGACGGAUGGCCGAAUCGAGCGGGCAGAUGUGCAGCGGACGAAGAUCCGGCAUACCGGAGGAAAGCCGCCUCCAGAGAGCGUUCAGCAGCUGCCCUCCAUUUGGACAACGCAGGGGUUCCACAGCUUCGGAGACCUGGAGGAAGGAACUUCCACCCGUGCAAAUACAGCCAGCACGGCAAAGGCCGCCUCGACGAACCAGUCGUCUCCGACGCCACGGAUCGCAGGAGGCAAGCCAGGUCCGCGGAAAGGCAGCGGCCGAGCCCCUCUGUCUGCGCGGGAGGCCAAGUACAAGGAGUACAACCAGGGCAGCCAACCGUUGCCACAGCCCUCGUACUGA